AUGGUAGGCAUGAAAACAUUAAUCACUAUUUUCGUUAUCAUGUUCCCAGUCGCGAUGAUAACAGAGGAAGAUGUAAAUCAUGGAGGUAAUAACUACGACAAAAAUUUAGUAACCUGAGGUCAGGCCCAAUUUUUGGCGGUUCUCAUACAUUCUCUCUAAUGGCUACAGCUAAAAUUGGGCCUGAUACAAACUAUUUCACGUUUUUGCUUGUUACGGCCAGAUUUUGGCCGUAACGCUGAUUGUCUGUUAGAAAAAUGCCACAAGAUCUGGUUGUUUUCGUGAAUGAUCCGUCGUCUGCGUAGGUGUCGAAAAUUGCCUCCGUGUGGUAACUUCCAACACUCAGUAAUCACUGUCAAAAUCCCGUUUAUUUCACAAUACUCACAGAUAUACACUAGUCCCGAUGUUGUUCUGAAAAAAAACUAGUCUCGAAGUAAAAAAACGUGUUCUAAUAUCGAUUGCACAACAAGAUCAAUUUCCAAAGAUCAAAUGUCCACUAUAAAACUCUACGUUGUGAACAAAGCGACAGAAAGCUAAUUAAAUGACAAUCACGGCUUAAUUAACAGUUUCCGAAACACAAUCCCUUUAUAUGGCUCGUUUACGUGGCAUAUGUAAUAUCUGAGGAAACCGAGUUUUAACGAAAAGUAAAAAAACUAAACGACAUUGAUCGAGUAACGCAACAAAUGAAAUGUUCGGUUCAAAGUUCUGGCUAUAUGAGUGUCUCAAAUUCAAUGUUCACUGAUUAUCAUUGGCAAUGUCUUGGAUACGUAACUCUGCUGCAGCUGCUGCAUCCCGUCUGGGCCUGAAUGGCGGCGCGGUAGGGUUGAGAGGCGUUGCAUUAUUUGAUCUGUCGCACGACAAUUCCAGGGGGUACAAAUGUUGUAUGGCACUCUCCAGGACGGUCUUCCGAGUUCGCACCUUAGCUGCACGAGCUACGCCAUCACGCCCCUCAAUUAGCUUCUCUAUGAUCCCAAGUGGCCAGUGGUUUCGGUUUCGUUCUUCUGACCUCAAUAUCACCACAUCCCCUUCUGACAGAGGAUUCUUUGAAUUUCCAUACUUCAGGCGGUGUUGUUUUCGUAGUGCUCGUAGAUAUUCAGAGGACCAACGGCGCCAAAUCGCAUCUUUACUCCUUUGAAGGAAUUUCGCUCGUUUUCUGAGGUCCUUUUCUUUCAGAUGGCACGACUGCAGUUCUGGCAAGAUGUUGGACUUGACGAACAACAGGGCGUUCGGCGUCAGCGUGGGUAGUUGUACGUCAUCUUCUGUGUAACUGAGGGGCCAGUUGUUCAGUACUAUCUCAACGUCCAGGAGCACCUCACUGAGCUCGUCCCAGGAUAGUUGACCUUGUCCCACUGUCUUGUAGAAGGCACCCUUCAUUACCCCGAUCAGUCGUUCCAACUGUCCGCCCCACCAAGGGGCGCCGCUCAAAUUAAACUGCCAGGUUAUUUCGUGAGUGCCGAGAAAGGUGUUAAGCCUUUCAUCUUUGCGUACUUUUUUCAACCAAUUAGCUGCGGCAAUGAACGUUCUCCCGUUGUCUGAGUAAAUCUUUGUCGGCCUCCCUCUUCUCGCUAUCAGGCGUUUGAGGCUUUUGAUAAAUUCUCCCGUUUCCAAGUUUGGUAGCAAUUCCAAGAAUACUGCACGGGUCAAGCUGCAAGAAUAUAUCACGAUGUACGCCUUCUGUUCCUUCUUUGAUUUCCGCUGCAGAUACUUGACAGGUCCGGUGAAGUCUACUCCAAUGACGCUGAAGGGAUUGUCUCCUUCCGUUCUGUCCCUUGGCAGGGGUCCGGCUGGUAGGCGAGGAGCAGCCACGGCUUGAAACCUUUUACAACCCCAACAGUUCCUAAGAACUCGUUUGGUGAGUUUGCGAAGACGAGGUACCCAUUGGACUUCACGAACCUAUUAUAAGUAUUAUACCCCGUGCAAAGUGGUUACGUGGGCGCGCUAAACUACUUUGAUGGUGUAAAGGGCAGAAUCCGGCAAGAAAAUGGGGUAUUCUCCCUGAAUGCGUCCCCGGCAUUCGAACACCCCAUCGACGUUUCUCUGUAGGUUUAGCUGUAACUUGUCUUCUUGGAAGUGGUCGUCACUGAUCCCUUGCUGUUGCGCUCGUUUAAUCCAGAAGAGUCUGCAUGCAGUGAUUUCCUGUAUCAAUAGGGGACCUAGGAUCUUCUCCGAAGGGUGCUGGCAGUUGCGAAUGAAACGUGACACCCAUGCGCAAUCUCUGAGGGCUUUGUGCAGGUCAGACUUCUCAAGGACACGAUCAAGGCCAUCACUGAUUUUGAUUGCCCCCGCGAAGAUCUCUCGUUGAACUUUCCUUUCUGCAUCACUUUGUUGGCUCGCUUGCGUCACGAUAUCUUCUGGCCGGCUUGUUAGGUCUGCUAACCACUCUGGGCCUCUCCACCACAGCUGUACAUCUGUCACACUCCUACCGCGGCUACCGAGGUCUGCAGGAUUCUCAGUAGAAGGUACGUGACGCCAUUGAGUGUUUGGAUGACUUUGAAUCUUUCGCACGCAAUUUGUGACGAACUGACGAUAUUCGCCCUGGUCACGCAACCAGUGUAAUGCAACUGUGCUAUCCAAGCAGCACUGGAUGUCGGUUGCGAGAGGAAACCCUUCCAAUGCUUUGUGUACGUUUGUCACCAAAUUAACAGUCAUGUGUCCCGAUAUCAGUUCGAGACGAGGAAUGGUCAGCCCUUGUUUGGCAAGACGAGACUUGGCAGCAACCAGACCUUGUGUAACGCCAGAUUCUUGCGUAACAACAGCAUAAAUCACAGCACUCACACCAUGUCCACUGGCAUCCACAAAGGCGUGCAGCUUUAUUUCUUUGAUCGGUUCUUUAUAGGUUGGCAAACUGCGCGGCAGAGUGACACUGUUUGGCAAUUUGUGUUCCCAGUUUUUCCAUCGAUUUGCGUAAACGUCUGGCAACGGAGCAUCCCAAGCGAGUUUUUGGUUGCAAAUUUCUCUGUAGAUCAAUUUUCCCUCCAGCAUCACGGGCGACACCAAUCCAAGCGGGUCGUAGACUUCGGCCAAAUUUGCAAGAACUCCGCGCUUCGUCAACUCAGCUGUUUCAGCAGGAAAGACUACGCUUAACGUGUCCUGAACUUUGUCCCAUGGGAGUCCAAGGAGUUUAAUCUUCCCUAGGUUCAAUCUAUUUUCAAGUUGCUGCUUGGCAAAGGUGGGUUCGUCAUCGCUGGAAAUCGUCUCUUGGUCUGGUACAUUUGAGUGCCAUUUGUGGAGUUCAAACCUUGCGUCAGCAAAAACUUCAGCCGUUUCACGUUUCAACUUCUUUGCGUCUGUCACGGUGGGGCCACCUGAGAUAAAAUCAUCUACGUACAGGCUCUUUAAUGCUUCACUGACGCUUUCUGGGAGCCUUGGUCUCCACAGUUCAAGGUGUUGCUGGAUAACUCCGUUGAGCAGGAACGGGGACGGGGCCAAACCGAACACCACUCGGGUGAAACGCAGAAUUUCCACUUCGCUCAAAUACACGUCUUUAAUCCAAUGAAACCGUAAUAAGUCUCGCUCGGCUUGGCGGAUCUUUAUCUAAAGAAACGCUUUCCGUAUGUCCCGUGUGACAGCCACACUGUGGAAUCGGUUACGAGUUAACACGCUCCAUAGCUGGUUCUGUAACGGUAGGCCAGCGUGACGACAAUCAUUGAGAGAUGGUGCAUCAUUAUGGGCGUGAGCGGAGGCGUCGUACACCACUCAAAGUUUUGUCGUCUCAGCGUUCUCUCGAACUACUUCUUGGUGAGGCAAGUAGAAUUCUUUUCCCAUCGCUUCAGAAGGUGCUCUUUCGACCACACCCUCUUCUAGUUUCUCUCGGAUAACAGCAUCAUACUGGGCUAGCAUGUUUGUUCGUCGUCGAAGUUUGCGUAACAAGGAAUUCAAGCGGAGAAGGCUGCCGUUUUAAUUGUUAGGAAGUGGAAGAUGGUCACCUUUCCAAGGUAGUGCGGUUUCAUAUCGGCCAGCUGAAGAGCGCGUCAACUGCUCCUUAAACUCACUGUAUACGUCUUCUUGAUCGCCUGUAGGACUGUCUGCAAGACCAAGUACGUCCAAAGCACACAGACGUUCGUAGUCGGCAGUAGAGUUAACAGCAAGGUACACUGGAGAUAAAUCGGUCUCAGCACCUGGAGACAUCAGCGUCCACCCAAAGCGUGUAAACUCAGCUACGGGAUCUCCACGGCGACCAACUCGUAAUCGCUCCCCGGUACGUAUUCUCGCAAAGUCGUUUGCUCCCAGGAUGACAUGGACAGCCAGCACUCUUUUGUCGUCAUCAUCGUCGAUGUACACCCCUCUCAGAUGGCGAUACUUGGCCAGGACUUCCUUAUACUUGGGGUUUUUCAAUGAGAGUAAUUCCCGUUUGUCAACUUUGGUCACAUUCACGUCUAAAGAAAACUCAUCUGUCACAGACUGCAUCGACACUUUGUACUCUCGCAUGACUCACGUAGCCACGCCCACAAGCAUUGCAAUUUGACGAACUCCGGAAGCUUUGUGUUCAGGUUUUGUUAGAUUCACAAAAGUCGAUGAUGCGUAUGAAUGGCUUGCACCGUUGUCGAGAAGGGCCCGAAAUUUGUAUCCUGCUACCUUGACGAUUACUACAGGGUGAAUGACGGCUGAAUUUCCCACUUGCGAAGCGGUCAUCCCCGGCUCAUGUGCUUGUUGACGAUUACAGAUUGAUGUGUCAUGUUUUUUUUUACACAAUGAGGGCAAGAAAUUUUGCUGUUACAUUCGAUUGCUCGGUGUUUUGGUCCGGUGUAGUUGAAAAAGAGCUUCUUUGUCGCCAAGAUGUUUUUCCUUUCAUUAAAAGAUGUCACACGAUGACACUCGAGACCUCUGUGUGUGGGGUCCUCACAGUACACGCACGCACGUGUUUGUUCUCCGAGCUAUUUGAUGACGUCUCGAUUGUGGCGUUUCAUCUCGAUGAUCUUCACUUGAUUCCACUGGAUUUCGACGUAUCCAGGAGCCCAAUGCGUCACAAAGUUUGACAAAAUCCCAGUUUUGCCAAUCGUCGUCGUUGCGAACCAAAUCUCCGCGAAUCCCAGCUAACUUGUCAAUCGUCAACGCCCGUUUCUUCUGACAUCUCCCAGCUUUCCAUUGUUUCCAGUGAUUGUACAUCGUACCGCAGUUGUUCGUAUAACUGAUGGAUUUUUUGUGGAUUUGUUCCUUAAAUCCUGGGCAGAUCAAGAAUAUUUUGCACAUACGCUUUCACAAUUUCACUUUCCUUGCCAUAACGAUCCAUUAAGAUACUUUUCGCUCGAUUGCACCCUUCGAAAAAUAUCGCAUCGCUGUUCAAGGAAUUUUUGUAGGCAUUUUAAAAAGGUAACAGACUGGUUGUUUGCCUUCGCUUUUUGUAAAAAAUGUACCAGGGAAACUGGUGUCCUCGCUCGUUGGCUGUUUACUUUUGUUUUUAAAGAUUUAUGUACUAAAAAUCGGGGAAAAUUGCCGAGGGAAAUAUUAAGGCAACAGAAAAAUAGAAAUUUCAGUAUUUUAAGUUUGAUCGCGCCUAGCCAAAAUAAAAUAAAACUAGUAGAACAUCGUGUCGCCGUCGUUUCGAAAACUUUUUACCUUCUACGCUAACAGAAAUUACCUUCGAGAUCUCCCUUAAUCUCGCAAGAAGUUAAAUGUGAUUGUGCUGGCUGUUUUAUUUUUAGCUGAAAAAAUUAACAGAUAAAAACUUUUUUUUAAGUCAGCCAGUCUGCAUUUUUCCCACGCGUGAAAAAUUUGCAUACUAGAAAAAUAAGCAACGGAAGUAAUUUUGGUUGACUGAUUCGGCAAAUGUCAAUCAAUCAAAAAAGUGGGCGGCAGACGUUUCGUAGAAAGUUUGUAUCAGGCUCUCUUUUCGUUUCGCCUUGCCCGCCGGAAUGUUAUUUUCAAAGCGAAACGAAAAUAGAGCCUGAUCUCAGGUUAAAAAUUUAAUUGCGCACCUUCGGAUUGUCGCCAUUUUAUUUUAACAUCCUGUCUCUCCUUCAUGUACAGAAAGCCGCUUAAAAUUUUCAUUUUUACACUUUCCCUGAAACAUCAUUCACCAUAAUUUUCACAUCGUCCAUAAAAUUUGCAUGAGAAUUGUUUUCAAUUUUUCCUUGGAGUAAGCAGUCAUCAUAAGAGAAAUAGUCCAGUUUCGAGUUCGCUAUGACCGCUGAAUUAAAGAAGUAAAGACGCAUUUUUUACAGGCUUAGCCUCCAUCUCAAGUAAUAUAUUUACAAAUUCCAACAAGAAAAAGACCUGUUUAUUACUCUGUCUAUUGUGUAUAUUCAAAUUUUAAACACUUACUUGCCGGAAUUUCUGAAUAUUUUACUUUACGUCGAGGCUAACCCUGUAUAAAUGUGCCGUUAAUGUUUGUAUUCUGCGGUAGUUUUUAAUUCCAAACUGGUCUAUUGAAGGCAAUUUGCUGAUGCAAAGUUUUUGGGGGGUAAACAAGAUGUUUUACGGGCGAUGUAAAAAUGGUGAAUAUGUUAACAACUUCUUUAUUAUAUUUGUUUUAUUAUUAUUUUUUAAUUUUACACUUCAAAAAAUGCGCGAUCAAUAUUUGGCAAGAUUUCUUUCGUUCAGUGUCCGUUCAUGAAUUGCUUUGCGCUAUUGUUUUCUUCUCUAAUGGAUUCUUACAGCACGUAUCUUCUAAACGCCAAAUGAAGAUAACCUCUUAACCUAUAAAACAGCUAUGUUUUAGGUCUUUUAGCUGAACUGUUUGAGCCUUAUGAGAACUUCAGAUAGAGACAUCAAAAACAAACCACUAUAACGACUUAUUUUCAUAUGUUUUAGUACUUACGGUAAUUAAUGUACAGUAGAACCCCGGUAAUUCGAAUUCUGAAGGGGAACGAAAAACAGUUCGAGCUAGCGAGGGUUCGAGUUAUCGGGGUCGAUUUGAAAAAAUAAGUUGCCAUGUUACAAUUACAGUUUUAAUCAAGGGAAAGGAAAUUUAGUUCGAGUUAGCAGGAAAUUCGAGUUAUCCGAGUUCGAUCGCAAGUUAACCGUGUAAAGAUGAUUGGAAAGCUCAAGUGGGGUGAAAUUCAAGGGAAAUUGGACUUAGUUUAGCGUUACUGUUGCUGUUCAGUAGACGCCGUGAACGUUGACAUGUAUAUGGACCACGUGUGAUUGUACAAUGAGAAAAUGAUUUUACCUUUCCAGUACAUUGUAAUUCAGAUUUUUUUUUAUUGUUUUGCACAAGUGUAACAGAUGUGUAUUUAUCACGAAUAAGUUCAGCUUUAAUUUCUUGACUAAUUACCGGCGCCGCCUUACUUUGACUGUCUAUUAGCGGGACACAUCCCUUAAAUAGACGGAGAGUCGGGACGGGCCAGAAGGUAUCUGUCUUAGAAAGAAUUGACUGUAUUCUUAUAAUAAUAAUAGUAUUAUUAUUUUAUUAUUAUCGUCAUUGUCAUUAUCAUCGUUAUCGUUAUCGUUAUUGAUAUCAUUAUUAUCAUUAUUAUUAUUAUUAUUAUUAUUAUUAUUAUUAUUUCAUCGUCAUUUUCUGUUAGCUUAUUAUUUAUUACUAUGAAAGAAUAAUUUAUUACAAUUAUAAUAAUUGUUUUAUUUAUUAUUGUUUUGCAAAGUCGAAAAGUUGAAAAGUUGAAAGCUUACAGAUUGAAAUUUUUUGUUCAUAUGUGUUGCUGCUUUCUAGUUUGUCCCGUGCCGAUGAAUAAAGAAGAAGAGGAGUUUAUUAAAGAGCGGGAGAGGAACAGAGAACUUAUGGAAGAAAUCGCCAGAGAAAUUGAAAUGACGUGCUCAGGUAAGUUAAAAAAUGAAAAUAAAUAACAAUAUUAAAAACCUUGGAUGAGCAAAUCCUUCCGCGCGAAUUGCACGCCCUUUUGAAUUGUGUAACCCUUUGCGAUAGUUGAGUGUGUUCUAUUUGGAACAAUGCAGAGUUUGCAUUUCUAAAGCCACUUACCCUUUUAGUUUAACCCAUUUAGUUGUUAAGCAGCAAAUCCAGGAAUUUAUACAUACACUAUCUAUAGGUAGCCAUUUUGACUCCUGAGGGAAAUAACCCACCCAGCCAGGAAAAGGUUGGCCACACCACCGGGUUUACGUCCAAUACUCUUUCCAGUGUACAGUGGUGUGGGUUAUUUUAGGUCGCACAAGUACCAGAUAAGUCCUGUCGGACCUACGGUUUUUAUUCCUUAUCCGAGAAGACUACAAAGUCUAACCGUUUUCAGAUGUUGUUACGAAGGCAGCACUUUCUUCUCAGUUAUUUAAAGUACCUGAGUGUUGGUCCGGCCGGGGUUUGAACCCGCAACCUCCCGCUCAGCAGACCGGCUCUCUCCCCACUGAGAUAACCAGACGGCGGAGGUUAAAAAAACUUGGAACACUGCUGCCUUAUUAUGGAAAUCCAGACUAAUCUUGUGAGAGAUUUAAACAAAAAUUUUGGGCAAAAAAACCACUGCCAAUUUCGCUAUUCGCCACUACUCUUCCCAGUUUGAAUUCUUCCUAUUACAGAAAGCUAAAGAGCCCCAAUUCCGUAAAUGAAAGGCUAUAAGUUGGACUAGAUAUCUAUAGAAUAAAAGAGCAAACAAGAAAGCUCCUGAAAACGUUUAUGCUAGUUUUUUUUUUCUAAAAACGCACAAAAUUUUUCGACUUGGAAUUUAAUGGUUCCAUUUUAGAUAAACGAUUUCUAGUCCAUGAGCCAUUUUGUGAGAAGUGGGUAAAAAUACAAUAUUUGUAGCAACUCCUUAUGGAAAACUGUUUCGUUGUUAUUAAAUGAAAACUUAGGAUGUGUUAAAUUGUGAUCGGUGUAUUACCAAACUUGACAAUUAAGGAACGUUAUUGGAAAAAUUAGGGGCUUAUAUUAAACGGUUGUGGAUGACGAGAAAUUUUUCCCUUAAAUAAUGAAACCAUAUGCAAAUUCGAAGCCUUUCUCUCAAGUUAUUAACCCCUUUCAAUUCGAUCAAGCUUUUUCAGUUCAUGGUGACAAUUGAAACUUAGGGUGCGUUUGAUUGCAUGGGAAAUCCGGAUNAGCAAAAAGGAUUGCCCCCCCCCCCCCCCCUCCCCUUCCCCCCGAGAAAUCCUUUCCCAAAUCAUGACUUUAUGGAUUUCCUUUAUACCGUUCUAGUUGGAAAAACUGUUCUCGUGAACAGUGUUUUUUUUCUGCUUGUUAUGUGUGCGCAUGCGAGACAACUGUUCUCUCAAAAACAGUUCAAAUCUUUUCUCGUUAUAUCCCCGAAAUAUUGUGAUUACCAAAGGUCAAAUUUCACUUGUAUAGCAACCACAUAGACCAGCAACACCAUACGAUAACAAGCCUUUAAAUGCAAUAUAUUUUUAUUUGGAGUAUUGAUACCAACGUUUUUUCAAUGAAUUUUAAUCAAGAGAUCAUGAUAUCAGUUGUUUGUGCUUACAGGAGAAGCGUUUAAGUCAGGGAAAUUCUUAUAACUAACUUUUACUUGCUGAUUUGUAGACGAAUGUAAAACAGGACUACAUAACUGCCACAAUGAUGCAUACUGCACCAACACCAAGCAUUCCUUCACGUGUACUUGCAAAGCGGGAUAUACUGGGGAUGGCGUCAACUGUGCAGGUAACAUAAUAUGGAGCUGAAACGAACAGGGAUUUACCUCCAUCUCCAAUUUUUCCCUCAGAAAUCAAUAGCAACGGAAAUAGUUUUUACCGCCUAAAAAGUAUGUUUAAAGCCAACGUUGCAAUGUACGUAUGUUAAUACCGCAAAAAGGCAACAUUUGUAUUCUUGCUUUAACAAAAAGUAAUAAUAAUAACUGCUACAACUUAACUACUGGUCGAGCUCAAACUGUAUCCCCAAUAACGCACACAGACUUAGUGCCAGUUGGGCUGGGGAAACAAAAAGUGUGACCAACAUGUCUGAGACAGGAAACACCGAGCUCAAAGGCUUAGAAACAGAAAAAACGUGGGAUCUAUCCUUGAUAUAACGAGAUCAUCUUCACUAAUAUACCUAACAAAGCACGAAGGCCAAUAGCCAGCUAGGCUGUUAGAAUCGGUUAGGGUGCAGCAUUUAAGGUGAACAGGUGUUUAUUACGAUUGUGGCUGGGGGUCUGUAGCAUUGCCAAUUUGACUGCGUCAGUCAUUGACUUAUGUCGCCACUUAAGAGUGGUUCCGGUACAGCUGUUCUAAGCGACAUCGAGACUAAAUACACAAGAUAAGGAACCGGUGAAAAACGGCGCUUACCGUACAAAUAAAAUAAGAAGUGAUAAAAUUCAGAAAAAUGGCAGAGCUGAGCUGCCAAAAGAAAAAAAUGCGGUCAGACAGAGGCAAGUAAAAAAAACCUGCCCAAAAAUCCACGAAGGGAAAAAAUGCGGGCAGGAAAUCUGCCCCUAAGCCUCAAGCUCAAAGACGUUUCUACGGGACUUUACAAUUUAAUCGAAAUAGGCCUCUCCUAGACUAAACAAAAAAAUGCAGAAAACCAAAGAAAGGUUGUUUCAGAAGCCGAGAUGACGUACACGCGAUAUUUGUUCGUAGCCUUUUAUACUCCCGGUAUGGACAAGACAACACAAGACAAGAACUUUAUUUAUACCACACAGAAGAAAAGACCUUAACAAAAGACAAUGCUACUAAUGUAAGGUACAAGCGUCCUAUAGCUAAAAAGCUGAUCUUGCUAGGAAGCAUACUAGAUUAAUUAAGAAUAUUUAAGAGGUUCUUCCAUGGAGGCACAAGUAGAAAACAAUGUGAAAAAAAAAUAAACAAAGAAAAGAAAAGAAAAAAACGCAUAUGUACAGAACUGAAUCACUGAAAACUUGAGGAACUGGAGAAAAUAUUGGAAAGAAAGAACUUAAUAUGAACUCGUGCCCCUGGCUUAACACCCAGGUUCUGUGGUACUUCGUGCCGUCAAAAUAGUUAUUUCUUAUUCCUAGUGGGAUCAUUCGUCAUAAAUAACAUAACUUGCAACAUGUAAAACUUUGAAUAAUAAUUUGUCACUGAUUUUAUCCGCCAUUUUACCGUUGUUAUAAGUGCCAUCAAUUCAGGUCCCUUGUAAUUGCCUUAUUUUAAAAACUGAUUUAUUCAUUCGUGAACUACCAGUCUCGAAAGCAUUGCAUUGCUAUCUCUUAUUCAACAGAUAUAAAACUGAAAUAGAACAGAUUCAGUUUGAUAAUUCAGCAUUACCUCUUGACUUCCAGACAUAAACGAGUGUAACACAAGACAACACAACUGUGACGUCACUACUUCAGUGUGCCAUAACACUAUAGGAUCCUUUGGGUGCCAUGCUUGCAAGGAAGGUUAUUUUGAAAAUGAAGAUAAAUGCAAAGGUAACACCUCAAAUUCCUUAAUUGAAACACUCAGAUGUUUCGUAGCCGAGUCUCUUUCAAAUCAAUUUCCUCUGUUCCAAAGUGGUUUUUCACUAAUUAUUCAUCUUAAUUUAAGUCGCGUUAAUUUCUAUAAUGCCUUUUAGUAUCAUAUAUAGAGCAUUUAUAUUAUGCCACUUUAAUAAGGCAGGUAUAUUACUAAUUCUAAUAAGCCAUUUUCGACUUCACUGGAGCUUCUGUCUUAAAACGAGGCGAAGCUCAAAGCCUUUUAAUAAGGAAAUCGAUUUGAAAAGAGAAAGGUGUUAGGAAAACCUUGUUUUAAAAAUGAGGGUUUUUGGAACUCGGAAAAUAGAUGAAUAUUGAAAUAUUGAUCGCCUGAAAUGGCUAUUAUUGUAGGGCACAUUUCCCUGCCGCGAAAGAAAAACUAAAAAAUCCGUUUAUUCAGUGCCGGACUUCUUUUUUGCAGAUAUAAAUGAGUGUAAAAGAGGAGAGCACAACUGUCAUGCAAACGCUAAUUGCGAAAACACCAAAGGAUCCUUUGUAUGCACCUGCAAGCCAGGGUAUUCUGGUGAUGGAGUUAACUGCACA